UAUCUUGUAAGCAGGAGUAUUAAAGAUAAGUAGACAGUGGACAAUUGAUCAAAGUUGUAAAAAUCACAACAUGCCGACUAGCACUUUAGCUCAGGAGUGUAGCAGUCAGGAGGUGAACUUUCAAUCGGGGAAAAAAUCCUCAAUACAGGAGAAAAACUUUAAGAAACUUCAAGUUUCUGUGAAACCAUCGAGUGAAGAAGCCAGCUAUAUAAGCCCGGCUGUUACCAGUGCCAAUGUCCUUCUGAAACACGGAGAGAAAGAUCAAAACUUUUGCCGUUUCGAAUACAACCAGAAACACUGUAGUGGACAUUACAGUCAACAGAAUGGGCAUAUGAACGAAUACGCUGCCACGUACAUACCUUCUGAAAACAGCAAUAAAAUGGAUUCCUAUGUAGACCUGAGUCAAUGUGAAAAAGAAAACAAAAGAAAUUCGCAAUAUCGACAGCAAGUAACGAACGCUGGUCAUUCCAAUGUCCAGGCAGUCAGUGGACACAAACAGUAUGUAAACCCAAAACAGAUCCAUACACAAAACCAUUGUACAAUUCCCAUAGACAAUUGUGUUCCACAGAAUCAUAAUCACUUGUGUUCGAACGUGUGUUCGAAAUCUCAGAGGUCUUCCAAAAGGAGAUGCACAUUAUUAUCCUGUUUCGCUGUGACAAUCCUCCUGCUACAGCUUGUAUGGAUGGGGCUUUUUGCGUGGAUUCUGUUUGACAAGAUCGACAUCCUUCAAUUAGGCGGAGACAAGGGACAUAUUGUGUCCCCGAAAGGCCACGCCGGACAGGACCAUGAUGAUUCAAAUGAAAUCACGAGAGCUCCAGUGCAAUACAAAGAUCCUCCACACUAUCCGACGUACGCCCCGCCCAUGACUAACAAACCACGACCAGAACUACCGACUUUGGGAAUUAAAAUGGAGAUUGAUCCCUCUUUUUUAACAAGCCAAGGUAACACGGUGAUGUGGACAUAUCCGGAUGAGCGCCACCUAACGGGAAUCGAGUACCACAACGGUUACUUCCGGGUCAACGUCACCGGCUUCUACUUUGUGCAGUCGACACUGAGCCUUGACCAUCGUCCAAAUAACAACGAAGGUGGAGGUAACAUCCGGUUGAAUCAUUGCAUCAAAGUAGACGGACGACCGAAGAUGGAUGUUUGUGAAAACAAACAACUGUCGCCUAUUAAGGCUGGAGGAAGUACAGUCCAGGAUCCCAUGAUGUAUCUUGAGAGCGGAAAUAGUGUACAUGUGUCAAUUAGUCACAUGACCAAAAUCUACGAUAGUGUGGCAGAAAAUAGAUUUGUAAUGUUUCUGCAAAGAACUGUAUGAAUGUUAUUAGUGAGGGUAAGGGUGUGUGUUAAGUGAAAGGAUGAAUUUGUGUGUGGCCCAUAUGAUGUUUAUCAAAUUUCAUGCACUUCCGGAAUUUGUAUUCGGUGCAUCAUAUGUUAAAUCGACAUGGAAUUAGGCAUGCAGUUCAUCCUAUUCGAACAAUGUAGUACUUAUAGAUUCAAAACUCGUCAACAGGCCUGAGAAAUUUGCUUUAACCUAGAGCACUUGAACAGAUAUUUCAAAUUUGAGAUAAGCAUGUGUUUUCGGUCAUAUUACAAAAAAAAAAUACACAUGACGUGUCUGACAGAAAUACAUCAUGGUAUUUUACCAAUAAAGUGAGAUUAUCCGUAUAUCGUUCAUCUUUUGGCAAACGCUUGCUCUUGUGAAUGUUUUGAUAUACGCCUUUCCUAAUCACAGAAGCUCUUUGAAAUCAUGUACAUAUGUUUAUGGAUUUUGAAUCUGUUCUAGAAACCGCAAAGCUGUGAAAAAGUGAUGCACAAAUGUAAAGGAGUGACGAGCGUGUCUGGUGUGUUGGCGUGUGAGGAUGUAAAUGAGAGAGAGAGCACGUGUUUUUUUGCGGUUUGACAAUAAGAAGCCUCCAGCGGCGCCACGAGUUCGUAUAGAUAGAUGUGUUUAGAGUAGUUUUCACGUUUAAUGAGAAUAAAAUCAAAAUAAUUAAUUGUGCAAAGUUUGAGUCGAGAAGGGCAUUGUAAUGGCGGUAACAAACCUCUUCAUCACCUGCGCC